AUGUCCUGAACUAUAAGAAUCCUGAUUUUAGCAUGCAUCUUUGCCGUAGGAUUCACUAUAAAGACCAAAAGAGGUUCUAGGAUUGGCCAUAACUUAAGAAAUCGAGGUAGAAACCUAAGCUCUUUGACUGAGAUUAAAGAAAAAGUAUACUCUGCGCCAAUUUAUGGGAAUAUUUCUGAAAUAAUGUAUUAUUAUGUCGACGUCUAUGUUGGAAACCCUAGUAAUCCAUCGAAGCAAGCUCUUAUAGUAGACACUGGGUCUUCUAUAACAUGCUUCCCUUGUAUAGAGACUUGUGAAAAAUGUGGGGAUCAUAUCUUCUCUCCACUUUCUCUUUAUAAAUCAGCUAGUGCAUACGUUGAGAACUGUAAAGAUUAUGAUUGAGGAUGAGGAGAUGCUAAUCAAUGUCUCUUUGAAGUUUCUUACAAUGAAGGAAGCUCUUAUGAAGGCUUUUUCGUCACAGAUUAUUUCCAAUUUAGCUCAAAUCCAUAUACAUCAGUUGCUCCUAAAUACACUUUCGGAUGAGUUACCAGAGAGACAAAUUUGUUUCUCUCUCAGAUAUCAAAUGGGAUAAUGGGGCUCCAGCCUGUUGUGAGAGAUAACUUCAAGCCUGUAUUUUACACAUUUUAUGAGAAUGGAUUCAUCGAGAAGCUCCAAUUCAGCCUUCUUCUUGAGAAAAAUGGAGGAAUGAUGUACCUUGGAGGUUAUGAUAACUCUGUUCUAGCUGAACCACCACAAAAUAUAGUGUGGAUAGAUAAUAUCUCAGAUGAGAAUUAUAGAGUAUCCUUUGAUAACCUUUCUAUCGACGACGAGAUUAUUUCAGGAGGAAUAAUUGCAAAGAUAGAUUCUGGUAUAACAUUUACUUACAUUACUCAAAAGCAAUAUGAUAAUAUAGAAACAGCUAUUUCAAAUUUUUGAAAACAGAAAAAGUAUAAGUGACUAGGAAGAAGAGAUGACCAAGGAUGUUAUAGAUUUAUCCCUUUUCAAGAAUUCACAUACAAAGAUUUCUUCUACUCAUUCCCUGUGAUAAGCUUUCAUGUUGGAUCAAAGAAAAUCAAUUGGUAUCCAAGUGAUUAUUUUUAUCAAGAAGGUGAUGCUAAAUUUUGUCUUGCAAUUGAACCGUAUGCUGAAAAUGAAUCAAAUAUUGUCCUUGGAGCAAGUUUUCUUCAAAAUUAUUUGGUUAUAUUUGAUGUUGAACAUCAAAAAGUUGGAUUUGUAAGAGCAGCUACCAAAGAAUGUGAUAGGGCAACAAUACCUAAAAUGAAAUGUAGUAACGACCCUCAUCAAACGCCUGUCAUUAAAUCAGAGUAUGAUAUUAGUGAGUAUAACCGAGAUCAUAAAGCUAAGAGUUUCUCUCAUGAUUUAAAGUCCCCAAUCAGCUUCAAAGACAUAUCAAAAUAAUUUAGGAUUAAGUAAUUAACGUUGCAAUU